UCCGAAUCCGAAAAGUAAGUAGUCGCUGGUGAAUAUGCAUACGCAACUAACGAGUAGAUCUUCUCUGUGUGACCUAUUUGUGUGAAAUUUUUACUUUUUCCUCGUAUUUCUCAUUAAUUUUAGCUGUAAAGUUUUAUAAAUUUUUACCUAAACUUUGUAUCAUCGUUUUUAUAGUGUUUAAAGUAGUUAAAGUUCAAUCUGUUAAUUGUGUUUCGUUGUAAAUUAUCAAGUAUUAAAAUCAUCUCAGUGACGUUUCCAAUACAGUUGAAAGUGUUUCUAAUAUCCGUGUAAAAAAAAUAUAAAUUUCUUUUUUCAAUUAAUCCGAAACGUUAACUUCAUCUUAAACAGUUCGUUGCGAAGCAGAUUUACCAGUCUUUAGUCCACAAUCGUAAGAAUUAUCGAUACAAUGCGCGUUAUUAAUAUGUAGCUCAUCGAUCAACGAUAAACUCCUGUAUUGAUUGCUGAAAUUGAUAUUACAAAUAUAUCCGAGUUAUUGUCGCCGAUUGUGUUUCGUAAAAGGUGAUCGUUCUUCUGUAUUAGUUUCGAGAAGUUUGGUGUUUUUCAAAAAAACGUAAACAACGCGCAGGUUAUUCGAGGUUUUGCGUAAGUGUAAAUAAGUUAUCGAUUCGUGCAGAUUGGAAAUCGGUCAAUGAUGGAUAAUUCAAUUAAUCGCGAGCGAUGCGAUGAUCAUCGGCAAUCGUUGUUUCAAAAUGGGUGUGGUUACUCGCCUACGAUUACAAUCACUGUUAAUCCAACCACCGGUGGCCAGUUCAAUUUGGAUAUGGGCAAAAACGAUACUAUCGAGAACUUGAAACGAAUCAUUUCGAAGAAACUCAAAGUAUCCAGAGAUAGGAUUUGCUUGCUGUAUAGAGAAAGACAAUUGAAAGAAGGCACCCUGGAAGAGAACGAAGUAAUUGAUGGAAGCCGUUUGACGCUGUUGCCCAUCGUCGAGACUGGUCUUACGGCUCAAAAACCCGAAUUAAGCGUGAUGAAUGCGUUGGAAAGCCUAAACGAAGCUCAGGUGAACGAUUUCCUAUCGGGGAAGCAGCCACUAAAUCUGACGAUGCGAUUAGGAGAUCACAUGAUGCUCAUACAAUUAAUGUUAUCUACAAUUUCAAAUCAAAGUCACGGUAGCAGCAGCAGCAGCAGCAGCAGCAGCGCUUCAUCUAGCCGCAGUAAAUCCACCGAAGAAGUUUCAAAAUCAAUACCACCAGCGGCGGCGGCGGCGGCAGUGGCUGCGGCAGCCGCAGCCGCUACAUCAGUAGCCACCGAAGAACCAACAACGUUGGAAAAUGAGAAAUCUGCGGAGUCGUUUUUGUACACAGCCAGUGCUAGCACCAGUACCACUACCACUACCACUACCAGUACCAGUACCCGUCUGGAGAAGAUUUUAUCGUCGUCUUCGUCUUCGUCUAGCGGUACCUCAGCCAACUGUACCAGUAAGUCGACCAACGUGCGGCAGAAGGAAAUAGACCGUGAUGAUAGUCAACAUGGUACACGACUCGGUACGGCCGCGGCUGCUGGAGUCGCUGCUACUCCUUCUAUCGAAAAUGAAGCUCUUGCGGCAACUUCGUCGGUCUCUCGUCUCGCCGAAAAGCGAACCAGCGAAUUUAGAACGUACGACGAAUGCAAAAGAGCCAGAGCCGCUGCCCGCAAUGGCUCCGAUAACGCGGAUGCGUCUGCGUCGUCGUCGUCGUCGUCGUCGUGUACGUGUACGUCGUGUCCUCGCGUAUCGUCGCUGCCGACAACGUCCACCAUCUUUGAUGCAUCGACGACCGCCGCCUCUUGUACGUUAGAUUCGGUGGCGUUAUCCGAAGCUACGAGAAAUCUAACGCAAACGUUGAAAAAGCUAUCCUCCGAAGUGUUAACCUCGAAGAGAACCGUUUCUGUGCCUCAAAAAUUCAAAAGCUUGAGAAGUAACGUGAUGCAUUAUAAAAGAAAACCGAACGCUAUUAUAGAAAAUAUGAAUCAUCAUGGAAGAGGAAUUUACUCGGGCACAUUCUCAGGUACCCUGAAUCCAGCUUUACAAGAUCGUCACGGUAGGCCUAAAAAAGAUGUCAGUACGAUUAUACACAUAUUGAACGAUUUACUUUGCGCCAACCCCAGACCGCAAUGUCGUAAAUCAUCGUGCGCUUGUAACAACGCUGGCGAUUCUUCUUCGAACGGAUCCAAUUCAUCUUCAAGUAUGGUGAUCAAUGCGCCAUCCACUUCCUCAUCCAACACUGCCAAUGACGAGCAGACCAACUCUACUGCCCAAGUUCCUGCCCCAAGCACAACCGCCUCAGCUACACCAGCGCGUAAUGAAAUUGUUGACGCUGUUAGCAAAAGAAACGAAAAUCAAACCACUCGUAAUAAAAUGAAACAACUCAAGUCCAUAAUGGAGGAACGUAAAGAGAAAAGAAAAGCUAAACGUGUUUCUCCUUAUGAGAGACCGUUCCCUUGCAUCGACUUAAUCUCAUCGCGGAAUUUGAAUUCAUCUGGAGCGUGGUCUGGUCCUUCGUCUGAUUCCGCCAAAUCAAUUGAACCAGAUCCGUCACCAUCGAUACUUUCUGAACCAGUUAUAGCCUAAUGGGUAGUCUAAUGGUACCGACGUCCAAGAUGCCAGCGGUGGAAAUCGAGUCGCUGUGUACAUAUCGUUAAAUAUACUUGAGAAGAAACAUUUUGUACAUUCGUAGAUUGUUUUUGUGCUGUAUCUAUUCGAUGUAAAUGCGUAUUUUUAUGUGUGUCUGCGUAUAAGUGUUUCUAUUGUAUCUAGAUGUAUCAAAUGAGCUUAGUAUUCCCGUCGAGUCUGCAGUUCUUACAUAGGUGGUAUUUUGUUAUAUUAUUGUUGAUUUUCAUUGGCGAAAGUUUCCGUUGGACUUGAUGGGGUAGCUGGGAAGUAUAUACAAUUUAUUCGUAACGGUACCUAUUCAAAUCUAUUUAAUUCUUGAUUCAAGUUUAGGAUCUCAUUUGUUUUAUUUUCAAAUUGUUUUUCUUUUCUGUUCUCUAAGAAUGUUAUAAAUAAUCUACGACGCGAUAACGUUUUAAUUAUACGUGGUUUAUUAAUUAAUUCACUACUCCAGUAAGUAAAUAAGUUCGGUUUUAUAUCAAUUUUUCUGUGAAAAUCAAAUAUCUUGAUCGGUGUUAUCGGCACAAGUAUUAUUAAAUAUUGCUUUACUUCCGGAUGGUAUAUCUGCGUAGUUUGUAGCUCCGUUACUGCAUAAUUUAGCCAUGUUGGAUCCUUCAAUUUUUCUAAAAAGAAAAAAAAAUAUUUAAUAGCGUCGUUAUAUUUAAAUAGAUCGCGAACCACUUUUUUGUAGUCGAAUAUACUUAAUUUGCGAAAUACUUACUCGAGUGUAUUCGAUAGAUCACUCGUUUCUACGGUGAUACUUUUAACGUAAAGAUGAUCAUUGCACCAGAAUACGCAAGUGUUCUCGGGGUGCAAGAUAUCUAUAGCUUUGUUCCAUUGCAGAACUAUUUGAGAUACGUUACUUAUCUGUUGCGGAUGAGUGACGAUAAAACUCGGAGAAGUUCCGUGACCAAAUUUUAAGCUACCUCUGAAACACGAGAGCGAUUUUUUUUUAUCGAUAAAUUACGCUUUCAGAAUUCAAAUCGUUGUUGAACUUGUGUCAACUAUUGUGAAUAAUAAAUAUAGGUAUAUUAUUUGUUGUUUGUGAAAUUUAAUAAUAUUUUCAAUAAUACCAGCAUGUUGUAAUUUACUUUUGAAUAUUAUUUUUUGCUGUUA